AUGGGCGACGAGACGGGCGAAAACGCCUGCGUUGGGGACAGCGAGUAUGCUCGCCACAGAACGACUCUUUUCAAGAUCUUGCACGACUUGAAGGCUCUUGGCGCGACGACGGAUGCCCUGAAUAUCCCUCGCCUGGCCGUCAUCGGGUGCCAGUCUGCCGGGAAGAGCUCCCUCGUCGAAGCCGUUACCGGAGUGAAGGUCCCGCGCGACGACGGAAUGUGCACGCGAUGCCCGAUGGAGUGUACCAUUCUAUCCGGCCCCACGUGGUCUUGCACCAUCUCGUUGCGCAUCUCCCCGUCCCCGGACGCCCGGUACUCGCCAGUCCUCUCUCGCUCAGACGAUGUGGAGCUCUGGAUUCGGCGGGCUCAGGCUACGCUCCUCUGCCCUCAUCUUCCCCGAGACGCCUUCAAGACAAAGAACGCGGAGGAGAUCAAGGCGAUGACGGAGAAAGUCGAGGGGAAGAACGAAGCGGUCAAGACGGUCGUGAGCGAUUCGGUCGUGAUCAGCAUCGAGGAUCCGGCUGGAGCUGACCUUAUCUUCGUGGACUUACCGGGGCUGGUGGAGAAUGAGGACAGGGAGGUGAUUCGGCUCAUUCGGAAUCUUGUAACUGAGAACAUCAAACAUUCUUCAACUUUCAUCCUCGUCACCGUGCCCGCCGUUGAUAAUAUUGAGAACCAGAGGGCGAUGCGACUCGCGAAGGAGGCCGACCCCGAGGGCAAGCGUACUAUCGGCAUCGUCACCAAACCCGACACCGUCGCCGCCGGGGCGACCGAUACGGCAAAGCUGUGGAGGGAGACUUUCGCGGGAACCAACAAACACAAGCUCGGACUGGGAUAUUACGCCGUGCGGCUGGCCCUCGACGUCGAGCGCAAAGAGGGUAUCUCGCGCGCCGAUCUAUCCCGCCGCGCGACGCGCUUCUUCGCCGCCAACGCCCCGUGGAAAGACAUCGCCGCGAACCGGCUCGGCCUCGACGCGCUGGUGCGUGACGUCAGCGCGCUCCUCAUGAGCGUCCUCAUCCGCGACCUCCCGAAGCUCAUGGCCCAGGUCACGCGCCUCCUCGCGUCGACUCAGCGCGCGCUCGCGUCCGUCCCCGCCCCGCCGCUCUCCGCGAAGGGUGCGACGGCAGAUGCGCUGGACCGCAUCGUCGGCUUCUGCGUCGCGUUGAGCCGCACUGUCCACGGGCGCGCGGACGACCGGACGUUCGUGCACCGCACGCGCGAGGCGUACCUGACGAUGAAGCACGCGAUGCGCGCGAGCGCGCCGGAGUUCUGGCCGUUCGACACUUCGAGGUAUGGCUGUUUCUCUGUUGACGAUGCUUUCGCACUCAUUAUGAAGCAGGGUUUAGAAAUGGUAUCGAGGCGCAAAGUCAUGGGGCUAGUUGACGUGCGCAAGGUCAUCAAAGAAUGCACUGGCUGGGAGCUCCCAGGACACAUCCCAUUCGAUGCCAAAGCGCAGCUCAUCAAGGGCUUCGUCGACCAAUGGGAGGACCCUUCCGCGACGGCCUUCGAGCGCGUCACGCUCACACUCGAGAGUGUCAUUGCCGAACUCAUCGAGGUUACUUUUGGGACGUUCCCGAAGUUCAAGGUCGCCAUCACAGCUCUCGUUGCGGCACAGAUGAAAACCCACGCGAAGGACUGCUCGGACGCGCUCAUGAGCUCCCUCGACCACGAGCAGAUCGCAUUCUUCACUCAGAACGUGCACUAUCUCCGUGUCGGCACCGAACGGUGGCACGAGCACUACCAGUGGCUCCGGUACCACCAAGAGUCCUCCUUCCGCAUCAGCGGGACACUGACGGCCCAUGCUCCAUAUGUUUCUGUUGCGCUCGGAGCUCUCCGCACGCUCGGAUACCCGACCACACUCGUCGAGAGCGACUUCCGGCGGCUGCUCCCCGUGGAUGAGUACAAGGACGAGAUUCUGGUCAUGGCGGAGGUCCGCGCGUUCUUCCACAUCGCGUACAAGCGAAUCAUCGACCACAUCCCGACUCGGAUUCAGCACGACUUUGUGCAGAAGUUCGCGGAUGGGCUCCAGGGCCGGCUCCUCGCUGAGCUCGCGGUCGAUGCGCCCGGAUCGCUCAAGCGGUUCGAGUCGUGGAUGGAGGAAGAUCCGGAGAUCGCAGUGACCAGGAAGCGGUUGACGGAACGUAUGGAGAAGUUGAUGGACAUUCAGACGCAGCUGGAGGAGUACUCGGCGUCGCAGUAG